GUCUCAAGCAAGGGUGGGGGACGUCUGUACCCUCUUCCUUGCUUAAAGAGUUAGUGAGUGAGCAAAAACAUUACAAAAUAGGAGAUGUUGACUGGCUGAUACUGUGGUUGCAUAGUAUUUUUAUCAGUAUAAACUAAUUUGCUUUGUGAACUUGAAGUAUUUUUAUCAUUCUGGGUUUUGAGAGUUUACCAUAUAAAAUGAUAGUUUAUAAAAAGAAAUCAUGUGCACUUAAAAGUUAAGGAAGAAAAAAAACUAUGUUAAGUGACGUUAAAACUAUGUAGUAGCACUGUAUAUACCCUCCAACUGCUUCCAGUAUGCCCAUAUUACUUUUCCUGAUAGACACGUCGGCUUCUAUGAACCAGCGCACGUAUCUGGGCACUACAUAUCUGGACAUAGCUAAAGGCGCUGUAGAGACUUUUAUGAAGCUGAGAGCCCGGGAUCCUGCCAGUAGAGGAGACCGGUAUAUGUUGAUCACUUUCGAGGAGCCGCCUUACUGUAUCAAGGCUGGAUGGAAAGAGAACCACGCAACGUUUAUGAAUGAACUGAAAAACCUGCAGGCUGUAGGACUUACGACGCUUGGCCAUUCCCUAAGGACAGCUUUUGAUUUAUUAAAUUUAAAUAGAUUAGUGUCUGGAAUAGACAACUAUGGGCAGGGAAGAAAUCCAUUCUUUUUGGAGCCAGCUGUUGUUGUAACCAUUACUGAUGGGCAAAAGUUGACCAGUAACAGUAAUGCGCAAAAUGAGCUUCAUCUGCCACUCACUUCUCCUCUGCCUGGAAGUGAACUGACUAGGGAACCUUUUAGAUGGGAUCAGCGCCUCUUUGCUCUUGUUCUUCGAUUACCUGGAGCUGCAUCUGUGGAGCAAGAACAUCUAGUGGGUGUACCUUCAGAUGAAUCGCCUAUUACUGCCAUGUGUGAAGUUACAGGGGGUCGUUCAUACUCUGUGUUUACUCAAAAGAUGUUGAAUCAAUGCCUGGAGUCUUUGUCACAGAAAGUGCAAAGUGGUGUGGUAAUUCACUUUGAAAAAGUAGGAGCAGAGUCAAAGUCAGAAGGUACCUGGUCUGAUGCUCUCAGGACAUUAUCUUCCAGUGGGUCCCUGCCUUGGCAUAGUUGUCAUAAACUCAUCUAUGUACGACCAAACCAUAAAACUGGAGUCCCUGUGGGGCACUGGCCUAUCCCAGAAUCAUUUUGGCCAGAUCAGAAUUCUCCUACACUGCCACCUCGCACAGCUCAUCCUAUUGUAAAGUUCACCUGCGUCGACAGUGACCCAAUGGUUAUAGAUAAGUUUCCAUUUGACAAGUACGAAUUAGAGCCAUCUCCACUGACCCAGUUCAUCUUGGAGAGAAAGGCACCCCAUGUUUGCUGGCAGGUAUAUAUAAGCAAUAGUGGGAAGUACAGUGAUUUGGGACAUCCGUUUGGUUAUUUGAAAGCAAGUACAACACUAAGCUGUGUGAACUUGUUUGUGAUGCCUUAUAACUACCCUGUUCUCUUUCCACUUGUAGAUGAUUUGUUCAAAGUACAUAAUCUGAAGCCAGAUUUAAAGUGGCGGCAGUUGUUUGAAAAUUAUUUGAAGUCGAUGCCUCCAUACUACUUAGGGCCCCUGAAGAAAGCUUUGCGAAUGAUGGGAGCAGCAAAUUUAAUUGCAGAUGCCGUGGAAUAUGGUUUAAGCUACAGCAUAAUUUCAUACCUUAAAAAGCUCAGCCAACAGGCUAAAAUAGAAUCUGAAAGGGUCAUAACAGCAGUUGGAAAUAAGCCAGUGCAAGACAAUGGAAUUAAAGUGAAGAAGCGAUCAAAAGCUGUUGUGCAGAGGAAGUGUAAAGACUUUAGAAAACUGCUUUGUGGGAUCACUGAUGACAUUCCACUCAGACUCCUUGAUAUUACCAUGAAGGAGUUUGCUGGGUUUCACAUUGCCAUAUUGAACAAGAAUUUGAAACCUCAGACCUUCAAGAAUCCUUACGAUGUGCAGCGGAGCAGUCUUGUAGAUCAUUUGACGAGAAUGAGAUGUAACCUAUUGAGGACAACACGCAAUAUCCUUAGAGGGCAAGAUGAAGACAAUAUGCACAGUGUUCCUAUAGCACAGAUGGGCAACUACCAAGAAUACUUGAAACACAUUCCUUCUCCUCUCCGAGAACUUGACCCUGAUCAGCCGAAACGGCUGCAUACAUUUGGGAAUCCUUUCAAGUUGGACAAAAAGGGUAUGAUGAUAGAUGAAGCAGAUGAGUUUGUUUCAGGACUUCAGAGUAAAAGCAAACGACCUGGAGAACCAAAUAUGCAUGGCAUUAACAAAAGGAGGAGGUGCAUGUCUCCACUACUCCGAGGCAGGUUGCAGGCUACACCUGCCAUAACAAAUAACAUUGGAGAAAAAGAUUCACCGCCCAAAAUUGUUGCAGAAGUACAGGCAGAACUCAUCAGACCUAUUCCUGUUCGUAAAGUUGCAGACACAAGACAAGACGACCUUGCGGAUAACAUUGUGCAAAAUCACAUUGCUGAUCUCACUCCAGUACUGGAACCUGAAAUAGUUCUUUCUGUUGCAUAUGAAACAUCAGAACAAGCCAUAAAUCACAUAGAUGAACUCCCUGGUAAUCACUUAUUGACUAAUAACUUCUUCAUCAGCAGUUCUGAUGAAGAUGACGAAGAACCAAGAGGACGAGAACUAAAUUAUGGUGAUAACAUGAAGCAGUCUUCUAACAGAGGAGAAAAGAUGAUGAUGGACUGCAGAUAUUAUAAGGAAGUUAACACUGAGAUCAGGGUACAGAUUUUAAAGGAGAUUCGAAAGCCAGGAAGAAAAUAUCAGCGGAUCUUUUCUUUAGUGCAGCAAAUUGAAGGUACCCUGCAGACACGGCUUAUCUUUUUACAGAAUAUUAUUAAAGAAGCUGCAAGGUUUAAAAAGCGAGUGUUAAUUGAACAGUUGCAGAGUUUUUUGGAAGAACUUCAUCGCAGAUCCAACCAGAUGAACCACCUUGACAGCAGAUAGUCGUAGAUGUCAUGCAACAUUUGAAGGACUGUUGAGCAGACAACAGCAUGAAAUAAUUAACAGCUGCACUCUCCAUGUGAUUUCUGUUCUUAUUUUAUACUUCACAUCUAAGAUCCAGCCAUAAAGGACUAAAAAUAAAAUGAACCUCUCCAUACCAAGUAGCAAAGGAUUAAGAGGGAUUGUAUUUAUAAUAAAUUUUAUAGCAGGAAGUUAAUUUUAUUUGGACCACAUGUUUGUAUAUUAAGCUAAAAGUAACUAUUGGUCAGUUUUCCUCAGGAUUUAAAAUUUUAUAUCUCAACAUUCAAAAGAGAUUCCCACCUUCCCAAGGGUGAGAACUAACUUAGUAGUGUUUGUCAAAAAGGUUGCUUUAUAGUUUUCUUAAAAAGCACAUAAAUUGAACAGGUAACUGAUAUUUUUGAACACAGUUUAUUUUGUACAUUUGUAUUUUAAAGAUUAUUUAAAGAAAAUGGGCACUUUUGUUAUUUUACUAAUAAAAGUUUCUGUUUCAA